AUGGAAACCAGAGCUGCAAAGAAAAGAAGGCUGAUUGAGGAAGAAAACAAACCCAACGGACGAGGCAGGGACAGGUUGAGCGAUCUUCCAGAUGAUAUAGCGCACCACAUACUCUCCUUCUUACCUACCAAAUCUGUUGCAAGAACAAGUGCUUUAUCUCAAAAAUGGAGAUAUCUAUGGGCUUCUUUUCCUAUCCUCGACUUCUACGAGCUUUCUCAUGGUUGGAUGAUUAAGGAGUCUAAGGCGAGGGAAGAUUAUGAUGAACAAGUUAAAAGAAUAGUAUCUUCAGUAUUGUCUCAUCGCCAUGAAAACUCUAAUAUAAAGUUUUUUCGUUUGGAGGGUUAUCUGAAAACUCAAUGGUUUCAUGAUUGGAUCCCUUUGCUGGUGAAGCACAGGGUUCAAGAACUUGUUCUCCAUAUUUGGUUCGGUCCCCACGCGUUUGAUUUGCCUUCUGUAUUGGAGUGUGAUUCACUGAGGAGUCUCACAUUGACAGGCAGUUUUAGAUAUGAACCCAGAACUCCAAGAAAUCUAUACCGAUGGCAGCAUCCGUUUUGGUUUUCUUAUGUUAAGGGUACCAGCGGUCUCCGCAAGCUUCACACUUUGUCUCUAACUGGCGUGGAUUUCUCGGAUGGUGAUUUAUUUUCAGAUUCUUCAUUCCCUUUCCUUGAGAAAUUGACUAUAUGCUCUUGUGUUGGAAAGCCUCAUCUCGAAAUUUGUUGUCCAAACCUUAAAGAUCUACAAGUUUUCAGUGUCAGCAAGUUGAAUAGCGUGGACAUAUCUGGAAUGAGACUAGAGACUUUGAAAUUAACCCAGUGUUUCGGAGAAUGCUGUGUUAACAUUUUUGCUCCCAAUCUACAAACUUUUUAUUGGUCAUGUAACUACUUUUCUGGGAAAUGUUUGAUCCAGAGCUUUCCGAUCCUCCGGAAAGCUGACAUAAAUUAUCCGCUCACUGUCAAAGGAAUUAAGAUUCAUAGUACAGUAAAUCUUUUUUCCGCAAUAUCCCAAGUUCAAAACCUUAGGCUAUCCUUCGAAAUUUUUGAGAUUUUAUCAAAAAGAUAUUUUGAAUUCGGUGGUCUGCCAUAUUCAUUUAUAAACCUCAAGAGCUUACAAAUUGAUACAAGUUGGAGCAAAUCUCACAUCCCAGGUAUAGCAUGCUUAUUCAAGAGCUCUCCAGUAGUCCACACUCUUGGAAUUGAGAUAAUAAAGUCUUAUUGUGCGCCAGGCAAUAAUAAAUGGAACAUCAAUUUGUUGGACAAUGGCCACUGCACUGAAGAGCAAUUCUGGGAUGCUCAAGCUCAAACUCUAAGUCCCUUCCUAUGCCACCUGAAGGUGGUGAAGAUUAGGGUUUUCCAAAAGAUGGCGCAUGAGGGUGUGAUUAGCAUAGCAAGGUUCUUGCUUGAACAUGGAAAGAACUUGCAGGAAAUGAUUAUUAUUACUCCGAAGUACUACAAAGCCUCUGAUGUAGCAGCUUGGAAGGAUAAGAUUGGUAUAAUAGAGGGACUCUCUCGGGGAUCAACUGAUGUCAAAACCUCAUACUUAACUGCUGAUAUGUAG